AUGGUGGUCCAUCACGUCACCGGCGCGUUCGUGGCGAUCCUCAAGAGCCAGCGCGUCCAGGCGGUCAUCGCCGCGACGGGCAUGAGCUCCGGCGUGGGAUCGAUCUUCGCGGGCGCGCUCAUGGUCGUGAUACCCGCGCUCGUCGCGCUCGUCGCGUUCGGCCCGGCGCCCCGAUCGAGGGACACCCCGAAGGUCAUCCUCGUCACCGGCGCGUCCAGCGGCCUCGGUAAGCUCAUGCUCGAUGAGCUGCGCAGGGCGUUCCCGGCGUCCGUCGUGUACGGCACCUCGCGAUCGGGAUGGAGCGCCAAGGGCACGCGUGUGACGAAGGGCGACUCCCCCCUGGGCGUCACGGAGGCUGACGGCACGCAGCCCCUCCUCGCGCUCGACGUCACCGACGAGGACUCCGUCGAGCGCUGCGUCGACGCCAUCGUCGCGAGGCACGGCGAGCUCUCGGUGCUCGUCAACAACGCGGGCGCCGUGCUCCAGACGUGGGCCGUCGACACGAAAGCGGCGGAUGCGGAGGCGCAGAUGGCGACCAACUUUCACGGCGUCGUGCGCAUGGUCCGUCACUGCGUUCCGGCGAUGGUGGGCACCGUGAAACGCGUCGUCACCAUAGGCAGCAUCGGCGGUAGGAUCGGCUUGCCUUACAACUCGAUGUACUCGGCCUCCAAGGCGGCGACGAUGGCGUACACGGAUGCGUUGCGGAUGGAAGUCGCGGCGAACGGCGUGAAGGUGUCGCUGGUGGAGCCCGGGGACCUCAAACCCGGCAUGGUGAACGCGGCCAAGGCGGAAGGUUUCGACGCGAACGUCCACGCCAAGGGAGCCUUCGAUAUCAUGCGCGCGGAGGAGGCGGCGGGCACGGACCCGGCAGUUGUGGCGAGGACGGUGGCGCGGUGCGUGAGGAGCCUGCACCCGCGGGGGCGGUACCUCGUGGGUCCCGACGCGUGGCUCGUGGAGGUGCUCACGAGGCUGUGCACGUACCCGAUGAGGGAGUACUUCCUCGCCUCGCAUUAUCGCAUCCCGCCCAGGCACAACGCGUGGAUCCGGGUUUAG